UAAAAACUUGGCGUUUCGCCUAUUAGCAUUUCAUUUUUGUUUUGAUCGUCUACUGUGCGGCCGAUCGUUAAAUCUGAUAUAAUUCACAAGUGUUUCGGGCGCGACGCCGAUGCAUAAAGCUAGCUGACGACACAUAGCGAAAAUGUCACUUGGAAGAAUAAUAAAAUUACAAUCUCUGAUAGCAAAGCCUUUGCAUAGAGCUUUUUCAGCUGCUGGGCUUCCAGAAUUGACACAGGUUCGUCACAAGGUAAAACGCAACGACUACGCCAACUUAGAAGACAAGGACAUUGCUUUCUUUGAGUCCAUUGUUGGUAAAAGUUAUGCCCUGCAGGAAGACUUACAAGCUUACAAUGUGGACUUUUGGCGCUGUGUACGAGGUAACAGUAAAUUGGUGCUGAAACCCGGCACUACACAGGAGGUUUCGGCCAUUUUAAAGUACUGCAACGAGCGUAAAUUGGCCGUUUGCCCACAAGGUGGCAACACCGGCGUUGUGGGUGGUGCGGUGCCAGUAUUCGAUGAAAUCGUGCUAUCAUUGGCGCGUUUGAACAAAAUACUCCACAUUGAUGAAAUCACUGGCAUUGCGGCAUGUGAGACGGGUUGUAUUUUAGAGAAUUUGGAUAACAAAGCGCGAGAAUUGGACUUAGUAGUGCCUUUAGAUUUGGGUGGCAAAUCCAGCUGUCACAUUGGUGGUAAUGUCUCCACCAAUGCCGGUGGCUUGCGUGUAGUGCGUUACGGCAAUCUACAUGGCAGUGUGUUGGGUUUGGAAGUGGUGCUGGCGAAUGGUGAAGUUUUAGAUUUAAUGUCCGACUUCAAAAAGGACAACACAGGCUAUCAUUUAAAGCAUCUUUUCAUUGGCGCAGAGGGUACCUUGGGUGUGGUGACAAAAGUGUCGAUUUUGUGUGCGCCAGCGCCACAAGCGCAGCAUGUCGCCUUGUUGGGUUUGCCCAGCUUUGAAGCGGUGCUCAAAACGUUUAAGAGCGCCAAACGCAAUUUGGGUGAAAUUUUGUCGGCUUGCGAAAUGAUUGAUGCGCCCACGUUGCAGGCCAGUUUGGAUCAUUUUGAACUUAACACACCAAUUAAUGGUUACCCAUUCUAUAUGCUGCUCGAGACAUCUGGCAGCAAUGGCACACAUGAUUUGGAAAAAAUAAAUAAUUUUGUGGAAAUCGGCAUGGAGAAGGGCGAGAUUAUUGAUGGCACCAUAGCUGGGGAGGCGCGUAAGAUGCAAGAGAUUUGGAAGUUGCGCGAGCUUGCGCCGAUGGCUUUAAGCAAAGAUGGCUAUUGCUUUUAUUAUGAUCUUUCGUUGCCGCUACGCGACUUCUACAGUAUAGUGGAGGUAAUGCAGGAACGUAUAGGAUCGCUCGCGACCAGAGUGACAGGUUUCGGACAUUUGGGCGAUUCGAACUUACAUUUGAACGUCUCCUGUCCCGCAUAUACCGACGAGCUAUACCACAUAAUUGAACCUUUUAUUUACGAGUACACCCACAAACUGAAGGGCAGCGUUAGUGCUGAACACGGCAUCGGUUUUAUUAAAAAGAAUUACUUAAAAUAUAGUAAGUCACCGGAAGCGAUUGCAAUGAUGCGUGAUAUGAAGCAGCUAUUAGACCCUAAGGGCAUAUUAAACCCAUAUAAGGUGUUGAAUUAAAAUUGAGAUUAAAUAAAUGUACCAAGUGUGUGUGUAAUACAUUAUAAAUAAAUGAACAUAACCUCCAAAUAUGUA